AUGAGAAGAGCAUUGCCUUAAUAAGUAAAUUUUAUCUUGAAUAACCAAGAUAAACCUUUAAAAGAAUUACGUAAUCUAACUGGAUUAUCUGUUUCUACUAUUCGUCGAAUAAAACUGAGAAAUAUAUAUCCACCUUUGCGAUCUCCUGGUAGAUAACAUCGUUUCAAAUCAAUCAAUGAAGUUUAUAAUCUACUUUAAUAGGAAGGAAUCCCACUAGACUUUCAGGAUAAAAAAUUUGCAGGUACUCUACGAGCUACUUUAAUUAAUUAUUUUAAUGACCCUAAAAUUAGUUUAAAGUACUGCUAUUAUCUAAAAAAGAAACUAGAAUAAUUCUCAUAAUCUCAAGAUUAGUCUAUGCACAAUUCUUAGAAUUAAAAUCCUACUCAGAUUUAGGGUUCACCUGCUUAUUCCGUUCUCUUAUCUUCUAACCAUAAUAACUCCUAACAACAAAAUAUUUAGCUUAAUUAGACCCAAUAUACCCAUAAUAACCAAAUUUAUUCAAAUAAUGAAUAAUUUACUGCAACUGGCUUCAAUAUUCACCAAGAUGAUAUCUAAUCUUAUACUAGUUAUUCAGAUUAAUAUUUUUAAGAAAACAAUAACUAACAAGGCUUGAAUUUUCCUUAAUUUGAAAACGAUGCAAAUUCAAAUAGCCAAAAUAAUUUUUCUUAUGAAAGCCCGCAAUUUGAAGUUCCUCAAAAUUUAUUGCCAGAAUAUGACUAUAGUGAAUUAUCAAAUCAUGAUCAUCAAGAAAUAAAUGGUUUAUAUUCAAAUGCCUAAAAUUAGACUUUUUCUGAAAGCCAGCAAUAUCCUCAACUCAAUUUAUCAAAAUAGGGUGAAUAAUAAUCAAAUGAUUAAGAUGAGGAAAGUUACAAUUUUUUACAGUGA